AUGAUUGUAGUUGUUGUGGAUGAUACAUAUGAUGCUUAUGCAACCGUUCCCGAAGCUACAGCUCUUACGGAAUGUUUGCAAAGGUUGAAUAUUGGUGCCGAUGAUAUACUACCGGACUAUUUGCGAAUCGUCCUCGAAAAUUUGUUUGAAGUUAUGAAUGAGAUUGAACAAGAAAUGAGACUGAAAGAACGAUCAUACAGCAUGAAACAAGUGUUGGAAAUGUUCAAGAUCAUUGCGAAGGCGUACAAACAGCUAACAAAGUGGGCAAGGACAGGCCACGUACCAACCUUUGACGAGUAUAUGAAGGUUGGGAUGGUGACAGCUGGGAUGGGUUAUGCAGUGUACUGCUUUAUAGGAAUGGAAGAUAUCAGUGAGAAGGAAGCUUUUGAGUGGCUCAAUUCCAGUCCCCGAAUCAUCAAAGCUCUGAAUGUACUGUUCCGUAUAGCAAAUGACAUAGGAACCUUUGAGACCGAGAUAAACAGAGGAGAGGUGGCUAAUGGGCUCAACUGUUACAUGAAACAACAUGGAGUCACCAAGGAUGAAGCAUCCCAAUAUAAGAUCAAAGACUUGAAGAAUAUAAGAACACCUCUCUUAUUGAUUUAG